GUACUGGAAGGCAGUGAAGAAUGAGGACGACUAUGCUGUUCAUGGGCUAUGUCCUAGCCUCCUUGGCAGCCAGCGGUGCUCAAGAGUCACCAGAUUAUAUCGUGCAGACCAUCAAUGGUCCUCUGCGGGGUGUAAAUGUUCCUACGACAGCAUCGUCGGUGCGCGGAUACCUAGGCGUUCCCUUCGCGGAGCCCCCGGUUGGAGAGCUUCGCUUCAAAAAGCCAGUGCCAAAAAAGCCGUGGAAGGGCGUUUACAACGCCACUUCGCAGCCCCCACUCUGCCCUCAAAUGCCUGUCCGAAUCAACAAUUUUUUCCUCGUUGAGGCCUCGGAUCCCGUGUCUGAAGAUUGCCUGUACGUGAACGUGUUCGUCCCUACUAUGCGGGACUCUAGCUUACUGCCCGUGAUCGUAUACCUGCCAGGCGGUGGAUUCUCUUAUGGUGGCAUCUCCAUCGGAGCCAUGGACACAUCGGAGUUGGCAGCGAGAGGCAAUGUCAUCACCGUCGCGGUUGGCUAUAGGCUUGGCGCCUUCGGAUUUCUCUACAUGGGCUUCGAAGACGCACCGGGAAACAUGGGGCUCUACGACCAGCUUCUAGCUCUCAAAUGGGUCAGGAACAACAUCCGCGCAUUCGGAGGUGAUCCGUCCAGGGUAACGCUGAUGGGUGAGAGCGCCGGCUCCAUUUCAGUUGGCAUGCAGUUGAUAUCACCCAAGAGCAAGGGUCUCUUCAAGCGUGCCGUAAUGCAGAGCGGCAGCCCAUUCACCGCCGCCGUGGUGAGCGAUCAGGACCAGGGAAUCUUCAGGGCUCACCUGCUCAGCAGGGCUCUAGGCUGCGAUGGGGGUGAGGACAAACACGACGCUGAAACCGUCCUCAAAUGCUUCAAGUCGAAGCCUUUCAUGGAGAUAUUGAAUGCCACUGAGAGCUUCAAUGCUGGCGGCUUGGACUCGUUCUUCCCAGUUUUUGGCGAGGAGAUGCUGCCCGAAACACCUGCAGCCGCACUGAUGCGUGGAAUAGUGAAUGCUGACGAGCUCCUUGCCGGAAUCUGCGAAUCAGAAGGCGACCUUUUCCUUUACUUCCUGUUCAACAAGCUUCGCGACAUGAACUCCAUUGAUGACGUCAUGAAUGGAGAAAUGAUAUUCCUUAUCAAAGCUCUAAUAACUUCGACCAUGGAGGUGGACCCUGACCCUAUCAUCAAGUACUACUACAGUGGUGUGAACGCCACCCAAGGCAGAGAGUCCGUCUACACGGGGUCUUCGCUAAUUGGAGACAUGCAGUUCGGCUGUCCGACGAUCGGAUUCGCGAAAAGGUUCCUCGGCACAGGUAGGACGGUCUAUAUGUACCAGUGGUCGCAACAGGCUUCCUUCGUCGACUGGCCUGAGUGGACGCGACCAACGCACGGAGACGAUAUCUUCUUCAGCCUGGGCUCCGGACUCAAGCUGGCUAAGAACGCCACCAAAGAUGACAUCAAGGCCACAGAAAACUUCAUACACAUAUUGUCCACCUUCAGUCACACAGGGGUGCCAAAAGUCCUCGACGGCACCACUUGGCCAAAGUUCAACGACGAAGAGCAGUACCUAGAUCUUCGGCGGGAAGGAAACGUGGUCAAGAAGCGCUUGCUUCAACCCGCAUGUGAAUUUUGGGGCAAGGUGCGUCCUUAUGAGUGAAGAUGUCUUCCAUGCGGCCUUCUACAGUACAGUACUGAACAUCAUAGCAAGCACCAUUGCACUAUUGUGAUAGUUGACGAGUGAACUCCGACUGGAGAUGUGCAUCACAUCUGCAUGACACCUCCAUCCAGAUGCUACUCCAAAUUACAUAUAUGUUGUGUACCUGUCAGAUUUUAUAUCGAAAUAUUUACAAUAAUGCAGAGAUAUUUACAUAUUUAUCUUGUUUAUACAAGGAAACCAUAAUAAUGCAGCGGGUAAAGAAUUUUGGCC